AUGAAAGACCUGACUUCGUUACUCUCAGAUCUCAAUGUACAAUACAACAGCAAUAAACACUUUGAAGCUGCUAAGGUCUGUAAAGAGCUUAUAGAAGCUGGCGUUGAAGACAAAAUCAGCGUUUUGGGACAGUGGCUAGUCUCUCUAAUCAAGAGCGAUUGUUACAAGCAGGGCUGGGACCUUCUGAACCAAUACGAUCAAGAGUUGAAAGGAUUGUAUCAUCUUGAGAGACUUUACAUCUUCUACAAGCUAGGCUACACCAAAAGUUUUGAAAAGCUAUACGAUGAAUUAAAAGAUAUCGAGCAGGCAAAUAGCUUCGAAAACAGAGGCCUGCUUCAUGUUCGGGCCCAAUUUUGCUUUAAGAAUGGAAAGUUCGAAGAAGCUGUCAAGAUCUAUCAGCUUUUGGCGACUCACAACGAACAACAAUUAGAUAACGAAACGGAGUUGGCUUGCAACGAGAGGGCUGCAGUUGGUUCUACUUAUCAAUCGGGCUAUGAAAGUCUUUUAGUAACAUCCCUGAAUGAAGACUCAUACGAUCUGCUUUUCAAUGAAUCUCUCAUCGCCUUAAGAAGAGGCGAUCUGGAUCUAUCCCUCAAAUACCUUAACCAAGCAUCUUCUUUGGCAGCUCAGGAAGGGUCAGAUGAUGACCAAAAUGCAAUUGAACUUCAAAAGGCGUACGUACUCCAAGCCAGCGGAGAAAAGAGUGAGGCAAAAGACAUUUUAAACGAUUUAGUUUCAAAGACAAUGGCAGGGUCGACCAUGCACUUGCUCGCUCAGAAUAAUUUGAAGUCGUUCCAUGAUUUUUCGAAAUACACCACUAAUGUGUCUUUACUCCUAAGGGAGCUUGACGUCGCCAAGCUCAGUGGGAAAGUUAGCUCUCUAGGACACGAGCAACAGCAGAUAAUCCUCAACAACGUCUUGUUUUUGAAUUUGUUCAACGGUUGUGGCAUCCAAUCGAAAAAGUCUCUAGUAUCGAAAACCUUGGCUAACUACCGAAAGACAAUAGCCAAUGUUGUCUUAGAGCCUUACAGCACGCAAGCCAAGAAAAUGUUUAACCGCACUAUGUCUGCCAUGUCGUGUGGCACUGGAGGAAGCGUGUUUGGAUCUAUUGUUCUCACUGUCCAACUCCAGGUUUUGGAAAAGAAUUUUGAUGGGGCUAUUGUCUUGUGUGAAAGCUAUUUGAACAAAAACAGCGACAGUGUUAAUUAUGAACAUCGCGUUGUAUGCUACAUAUUGCUCCAGCUGUACCGUGAGAGCGGAAGAUCUUCAUCGAGCAACCGGCUUUUAGAACACCUCUUUGCAAUUGUUAAGGACAAUAACGUUAAGGAGGACCCUGAGUUUUGGCGUUUUGUCGCAUUCAAUCUUCUCGCACAGGGUUUUGGUUCAAAAGCAGAAGACAUGUUCGCCAAGCUGCAAAGAAUUUCACCUGAGCUGCAACUCUUUAACUCAAGCUCUGAACAGCAUGACGUUUUGAGUUCCGAUCUUGACUCUCUUGUUAGCUCUGUUGACGUAGAGUCAUUAAAGAAGCUGGGUGCCGCGCCAUUUGAAGGUCAGCGUACUCGUAUGAGGGACACAUCAUUAGGAAAGGUCGCAAAAAAGAGAAGAGUUCACAAAAACAGGAAAUUUCCUAAGGACUUUGAUGCUGAAAGAGAACCAAACCCCGAGAGAUGGCUGCCGUUAAAGGAUCGGUCAGACUUCAGGCCUAAAAAGAAGCUUGCAGCCAAGCAAACUCAAGGCAGUGCGAUAAGUCGGAAAAGCGAGCAGAGCCUUGAUAUCUCAAAGAAAAAUCGGACUAAGAAGGGCAAGAAAUAA